AUGGCCUCUACGAGUGACCUUGAUAGGCAGAUCCAACAGUUGAGGGAAUGUAAACUAAUCACUGAGAACGAGGUUAAGGCUCUGUGCGCAAAGGCGAGAGAAAUCCUUAUUGAAGAAAGCAACGUCCAAUGCGUGGAUUCACCAGUCACCGUAAUUUUCAGAUUCUUUGAAUUAAUUUAGUAGGUUUGUGGCGAUAUCCACGGACAAUUUUUCGACUUGCUUAAACUUUUUGAAGUUGGUGGCGAUGUGCCCGAUACCAACUACUUAUUCUUGGGGGAUUUUGUUGACCGUGGCUACUACAGUAUUGAAACUUUUCUCCUUCUCCUGGCCCUCAAGGUAAGCGGGGAGAUUUCGUCUACUUAAAAUAAGGUCAGGUACCCGGACAGAAUUACGCUUAUAAGAGGAAACCAUGAAAGUCGGCAGAUUACAACGGUUUACGGAUUUUACGACGAGUGCCUUCGGAAAUAUGGAUCACCGUUGGUCUGGCGUCAGUGCACAGAAAUCUUUGAUUACCUUUGUCUUUCUGCAAUAAUUGAGGAUAAGGUAUGUUGUGCCUUAUAUCUUUAUUUGCGGAAGUGCGUUAACUGCUUUCAGCAGAAAAUUUGCAUGUCCUACUUCAUCUGAAAUCUAAAACGAAUUGAACCAAUAUCAUUUGCCCACAAAUGGAUGAGCAGUGUGCUGAAACAGACCGUCGGUGGAAUGCCGGGUCCACUUCAUAGAACCAUACUUGCGUUCGUAAAAAUCGGCAUAUUUUACAAAAUGGCGCGUUUGCAGUCUGUGUCUUGGAUGUAUUGUCCAAUUUGUAAGCCCGGUAGACGAAUUUGCGAGCUUGUUAUCCCAGGCAGCGCACGACAAGCGCAAGGCCCAACCGAUGCCAUAAAUUACGAAGGAGCGCUGACUGGGUUUCUUCCCCAGUGUGUUCGACGAAAGCUGUUCUGAUCGCGCCGCAUUGUAAGUAUUGAUAACGUCACAGUCCCAAGUACGUCAGUUUGCCAGAUGGGCCUAACAGCAGCCGGCACUUUAGGUUGCAUUUACUGGGGAAGUUGUUACCCGUUCACUUACACUUCUGUCUUCUUGUUACUCAAGUUAUACCCCAUUUCUACCUGAUAGACUGCCCUCUACUCUAAGUUCUGUCUUUUCCAAUUCCACUCGACAUUUAUUCCAGGCAAACUUAAACACUUUAGUUUCUAGGACUGAUGGUCUUCCAGUUGUAAUCUAUGUUUUGUUGCCCUGUCUCCGCUUGAUGUGUAUAUUCACCUUUUUCGCUGAUCGUAGUCUUUCUGUCCCACGGGUGGCCUUGUUGUCUAGGACUGCGACAGCCAGAUUUUCCACAAAUAUAACCGCUCUGCGUGUCCUCCUAGUUUUUUUUACAGCAAUUGUGCUGCUAACUAUUACCUUCUAUUUCCUUCCAUGGUUGUUAUACCACCAAACAGAUAAUUUUGAAGUCGACUAUGAAAUUGGUCAAGUUGCAGCCCACACUCAGUUGUUGUUGAUAACUGUCCUCCAUAUCUGCCUAGAAGAUUCCUCUAAUGGAUGUUGAUGAUCUAGCGCCACCAAACAAACAAAGGUCUAUAGGCGGGUAGCCAUGAUGCGAGCAUUCAUAAACGCCGUCUUACUUGGGCUUAGCCCUUCCAUGUGUACUUUAUCCAACCACAGAGACCAAGUUUUGGCUCUUCUGUUGCCGACAGCACAGUUCCAUUUUUUGCUGAAAAAUUUGAACUUAGGAUUUCAAAAUAAGGCGAAUCCCCCCCCCUCUCUCUCUCUCCCUCUCUCUCCCCCUCUCUCUCUCUGUCUCCUCUCUCUCUUCCAUAUGAUCGGCAACUGACCAUUACGUUCUCGUCCGUUGUUCGCUUAUAGUCCAUUCUCAGAAACCAGUUACUACCAUGCCCAACUUUGAUUUCAUUGUGUUAGUCCCACGCCAGUUGUCCAUCACCUCAACAGCGCUAGUUAUGACGGGGGUUUCAAGCGACUACUUGGUAAGGUUUGCGCUUGUGCUGCCGAAAUGCAUGAUUAAACACUUUGAGCAUCAGUUUCUCGUGCCCCUAGCAAUAGACAUUUGUGAUCAGUGGUACACAUCCGCGUCCGGAGUAUGACCAUUUGAAACCAUAACAUUAUUUUCGAGAGCUUCAGUUAUCAGAAACCUCGGGUUGUUUCGGCUAAUAAACGCACAGGAACCACGAUUAGCAACUUUGAAGCAGAACAGUUUACAGCGCGACUUCGAACAACGAAUCCAGAUAAACCAGCUGGUCAUAUAAGGACUCAUUGCAGCUAGGACAAUAAGCACACAUUCGGUGAGUUAAGUUUCGCCAGUUCCGGUUUCAAACCAAGCCCAAGUGUCCGCAAAUCUUCAAUAAGGGCAAAUUGCGCUUCCCUUUGAAGCAUUCAAGCGGGAAAAGGCUCAGAAUGGUAGGGAUGCGAGGAAACCAACUAGUCAUCCGAUCGACUUUGUGAUGAGAAUCACAUCUAUCACACAGUCAAUAAGGGGUGAAGGAAAAUGCUUGUCGGACACCAGCCUUGGUAGCGCAGUGUUCCUCCCUUCAGCCCAACAUCUUUAUUUUGCGUAGACAGGUGAUGUCCCGCUCGAUAAUAGAACCAGUUCACGGGCAUCCCACCAGUCGCGCCGACUGCAAAGAGCACUUCAGUCGGAAUCAAAGGAACAUAGUAGUGCACCAUUCGUCGUAGUGAAACUGGUUUUCAAAAAGCCAAUCAAAGUAUAACCUCCCGGGUUUUCCUGGCAUAUCCGUCCCACGAGCUACUAAACUCACCUAGGAAGCUGCACACCAAGGCAUCUUCGAUAGUGUCGGCUGGACCGACCUGACACUUCAAUGCGUUUUCCUGUUCCUGCAAGACAAUUUUGCUUUGUACUUGACCCGACUGAUCGUCCACCAACAUCACCCUGUGCUAUGACCUUUGAUAUACUACAAGCUGCAUCUUAGAAUCCACCAAACGCGUUCUGCCCCCUUCACCUGCAGUGAAGCCACUCCGAGGUUUCGACAACUACCUUAUCACGCAAGACCGUACCAAGUUAGGUUUCAGACAUAUCGUCUUAGUUAUGCGUCCAGUUAGGUGUCGCUAUAGCAUUCUCUGAACACCCACUCAUUUCCGUCUUUUUGUUACUAAACUCCAUAAUCCGCAACAAUAGUCGAACGCUUUCAGGAUAUGUAUCAAGGGAAUAUCUCCCGUCUACAAAUGACCGUGCCGAGUUCAAGAAAGCGUUGAAGUUUAAAUAUGUCUGCAUCACUGGCGUUCUUGUGUCCGACGCACACAGCAACUGCUGAGAGAUGGUGACGGUAAACUCUCUUACAGUAUGUACGGUUAGUGGCGAACUAUAUUUGGUGUCUUUCCGCGGGAAUUAGUACAAGUAUGACCGUAUCCGCUCCAUCGGAGAAGCUCCUCACGAUUAUUUGUCUGUGAAGACCAACACAAGUGUUAGGACACUGGACUUCACCUGAGGUGCUACCUAUGGACGCCUUGCUUUUGUACUAUCGACGUUCAGCAGGAGGAAGGUCUGCUUUCAUGCAGCGGUAAUCUGCAAGCGAUUAACUAUGGGAAUUUUCAAGGAGUCUGAAGUGCUCACAAGCGGGAGCUGUGCGAUCGCUGUCACCAUAACAGACAGUCAUUUGAUGCAGGGAAUUUAUGACUGAAUUGGCCGACGUUAUAAAGUCGUCGAAUGUCGUUUCUUCGGCCUAACCAUUCCCGUGGGUUUCUGUCUCUAACUCUGCCUUCAUUUUGUAAAUCUGGCGAUAUAAGUCACUCCCAGAGUAUCUGUAGCUGUACGGUUCUGUGGGCCAUUCAAUAGCCUUGCCAGUGACCGACGAUCGUUACACGGGCGGAUAGGCUUCUCAUUACAAAUCUCUUGGAUCAACAGGGAUUACGGUCGCUUCGAGAACACGACACUAAAUUAUGCUGAUAGUUCGGCCAGAUGCAGCCUCUGAGUCAUCAUAAAAACACACAGAUGCUGAAUCACGGGCACUUGAUAGUGCAUGCCCAAGACGUAGCGUUCACAUAGCAGUGAAAAUUCGCGGAGUUUUUGUUUUAUUUAUUCAUGUUGAUAUUUGAGUGUGCAGUGUAUAGUUUGGAACUUUUAGCAGCCUAAAGCUGACUUCCGAAGUCAAGUUUGUUGGGAUCCACAGCAUUCAUUUUUCAUUUAAACGUUUUUACUGGAACAUGUUAGUACUUCGCACUCCGAUUACCUACAUCCACCAUAGUCGAGCCAUUUCAAACAUAUCUUGACCAUCCUUCCAAAUUAAUUAGGACGCCAACGUUCUUCCCACAGAUCCGCCUUUUCAAAAAAGGUAACUGCCGCAUUUUAGAUAUUUUGUGUACACGGUGGUCUCUCCCCCCACAUUGAGACGCUCGACCAAAUUCGCACCAUCGACCGCAAACAAGAAGUCCCCCACGAAGGUCCAAUGUGUGAUCUCCUCUGGUCAGAUCCCGAGGAUAACAACGGCUGGGGCGUCAGUCCCCGCGGAGCUGGAUUCCUCUUCGGCGCGGACACUGUCGCCAACUUUAAUCGGGUACGUUUAUGAGCCGUGCUUUGUAGUACCAGAGAGCAUAGCCUACCCCUGCUCAUUUAAGUUAAAAUCUCAUAUGAAAUUAAGGGACAGCUAAUUGUUGGCAUUACACCAAGUUCUAGAAUGAAGAAACAUUUUUCUGAUUGUUCGUAAGCUAUCUGUGUAUCCUGCGUCGUAAAUGUAAUUGAGCGCACAAUUAGUACUCACUAUCGUCUUAAACCUAAUCAGACACCGAGCUAGUUGGGACUACUUGCUCUCACUAUAACCUUCGCAAUCAAUUUCAGAAGUUGGAUGUCAAAUGAUAAUAUUCCUUGAGUAGUUCAUUUUUUGUCGGGCAGGCAGACUUUUCCCAUGUUGUACGAGGAUCAUUGACUCUGUUCCUAAAGCACGCAGUCUCUAAUCCAGUUUCCGGAAUCCUCCUGCCCAAAACGUGGGAAUCACGCAUACCACGUCGAAUAGUGCGUUGUGGCGUAAGGUUUUAAAUCACUUAAUUUCCAAAGCAGUUUUUCAAAGGACCUGACAUGGUGGUUACUGCGGCUGCCAAGAACCAGCGAGUGUGCGCGCUCAAGUGAGCUACCCACCACGGGGUGCUUUAUCGUUUUUUUCUACCUUUAGUUAAAAUGCCCUUGACAGGCAGUUUGCGUUCUCCUAAUGCCGAUAGUGACUUUUUUCUGGCCAACAGACGUAAAGAUGCGAAAUUGCGCAGUCAGAUUUCCCCUUUGAGCUACAGCGGUUUAACGCGGUUUCUGUCUGCAGACCAUGUACCAGUAUCGCGGGUGUGUUUCUCCGCGGUAAUCGGUAGCCAUGAUCACCCCUAUCACGCUCGUGUAUGAACUCGUAGGAGACCGUGGACUUCAACGGGCUAUGACGUUAGUGGCUUCGAGGGUCCGGACUUGUCCGCAGCGGCCCCGGACGUGGUAUAAAGCCGCCGUAAAGGUCCGACACAACGGCGUCAUUCGGGGCCAAAGCUGAAAUGUUGUAGCCAGUCCUAUCAUUAAGGUUGCUACCGUUGCACUCUUGUGGUAUAAGCGUUCUUAUGAUACCUGUUAGUAUAUCAGUCUCCCCAUCAAACCGCCUUUGUUUGUACCGUGCUGUGUUAACAAGACGCCGGGCGUGUUUCGACCGAAGCGUGGGUGCGUACGUCAGCGUCCCCAGUCCCCUCUACCCUUCCGCUAAACCCCGCAAAUGCCGGCACUGUUGUCGGCCGCCCGUCCCAAAUUUGACUUUGUUCAUUUAGACCAGACAGUUUGACCGUCGGAUUCGACGAUGUCCGCCGUGUGCUCCACAGCCGUGUGCUCAGCAUCUGCCGCACUCUCUCCUCCCCUGCCUGAGCCCGCUGUCAAGACAUAGUCAAGAGGACCGAUGGCGGGAGAGGACGCAGGUGGCUUGCACGGCCGAACCUGCACUUAGGCAAACCCCCUGGUCCACAACGAACACUUAACCAGGAUUUUAACUAACAAAAAAUGGGUCAAAAAGAAGAGGAUGACACAAAUCACUGGACAACUAUGCACACGGCCUGUAUACCCAACGGGAGCGCAAGCACACCCACCGGCAGGAAACCGGGUGCCAGCGAACUGCCAGCACACACUAGGCUGCGAUGGCCAUGGUUUGCUGAAUCGUAGCAUAGCAGACGCAUACAAUCCAUAUAGCCAAUCCAGACCCUAUGCGGUCAGACAUGUCGCUUGGUAAUGCCACUGAGUCUACCAGAUGAAGGAUAAUGGAGAGUUCUUAAACAUUACCGCCAACUUCUGUAAUGGCUGUACUCUUCUACUAAUGUUCAAUUACGGCUGUGUUUAUCAACAAGCAUUGGAAAAUAACACCAGACCCUGGCCGACAGGUGCUAGUGGCCGGACUUGUGAAAAUACCCACUCAAGGAGCGUAUUAUUCCAUGAAGUUGCGUCGGUACAUAUCCGCUUGCCCAUGUUAUUGGCCAACUACUUCCUGAUGUCGAACUCUGCAAAACGAACAAGGUAACAACUAUCACUCGUCGGAUCAACGAGUUGCGUGCAGUCCUGUCCGGAUCGAUCGUAACCUCCGGAUUCGUUAUGAGACCAGCCAUAAAACUAGAUUUCUAGUACACGAGGCUGUCGUCACGACAGUCUUCCCUUUCGGAUGUGAGACAGCCGGACAGUGUAAUCAGCAGUGUCUGUGCUCUGUUUUACGAGCCUAUUUUACCUACAAUCUCUCCGAUAAACGACUAUAUAGCCGGCUGGGACCAAAUCGGUCAAUUGCGCCACCCUCCGUCCCUUCAUACAGUGAGUGACCGAUUUCAUGGCCGAAAUCCUGAAAUGCGUUUUCGAUUAGGUAGGAUUACUUUGGCGGGGUUGUAAUACUGCUUAUCUUGCAGCAUAAUCCUGUAAUAUUUCGGACUCGGCAGGAUGUCAGCUUUUGAACACACUACUUUUCAAUCUCCUGUAGAAACCGAACUCGGUAAAAACGACUACUUAUGUAGCAUGCGUUUUUCACAUAAAUUUUCUGUGGUAUUGCAAAUUCAAAUAUAUUUUAUAGAAAUCACGAACAAACGUAUGUUUUUUUUUCAGUCGUUUGAUAAUCACGUCAUCUUUUUAUUUUAUACUCGAAAAAGGGAUACAAUUAGGUAUCAAAAAUGUUCCAAAUUAUGAGAUUUUUUAGGACUGUGCAAUAUCCAUCCAUGCAGCAUCGUACCUGUCCGUUUACCACUGCUCCGCAUGAAAUGUACAACAUAGUCCGCAUCCACUGCAAAUUUUUAUGGACUCUUUAUGGUAUCUUUUUGAAGACAUAGAAGAUUAUGUGAUUUUCCUUACACCGAACAAAUGCACCUUGUAGGCUGAAAUCACUAAACGCUGAUGCAACGGCUGGUCAGGCUCCAAAUUAUAAGGGAAUUAGAAAACUUUCAAAUGCUAAGUAUAUCCCUUCUUUGAGCAUGAAAUAUAAACUUGACCUGAUUCUCUACCAAACGAGUAGUAGAAAGCAUAUUUUUGUUUAGUCAUUUUUUACCGAGUACGGAUUCCUACAGAGGAUUGAAAAGACGUGCAUUCAAAAGUUGACAUCCUGCCGAGUCCGAAAUAUCACAGGAUUAUGCUGAAAGAUAAUCGGUAUUACAACCUCGCCAAAGUAAUCCUUCCUAGUCGAAAACGCAUUUCAGGAUUUCGGCCAACAUUUCAUGAGGUUGGUCACUCACUGUACUUGGAUAGACUGGGUUACGUGUUAUGCCAACCUGAAGGCAAAAUCUUCCGGAAUAUCAUCUCAAGAAACCCAUGCCGUAAAAGUGUCAAUUAGACGCAUGGGAGUACGCGGUGGAGGGCACCUUCCAGCGCGCCUCUGACCACGCCCUUCGCGGCUUCUGCGACCAACCCACCGACGGGUUGGACUUUGCCUAUGUGUGUGCGUGUGCGCCAUUGGCUGACUGUGAGGCAAGGCGAUCAUUGACGGUGCGGUUAACUAGCAAAAUUGAGCUGGUAGACUCAAACGCGACCUCCAUCAGAGGUCAACUGUUAAAAUGAAGACAGUCUUUGGAAAUGGACUUCUUACCCUUCGUUAGAUAUCGGUCUUUUCACGCUGUACGGGGCGAGAUGGUUACUAGAAUGAGGAUGCAUGUCCAAAUUAAUGAGAUAUUGACCAAAAUCUCUAGCUGUGCUUCAGUCCAAAAAUAAUCAUUUGGUGGGUUUUUUUAAAGAAAGGUUAAACACGACACGUGCCGACUGGCACACACUGACCCAUUACUUUUCGUUUGGAAACAAGCCUAUUAAACUUUGCCAACCACACUUGCAUGAAAUCGUCGAGUAAAUAGUUUGGUAUCAUACGGUAUCAGACACCUUUGCAUGUCUCUAGGACUUCGGAGCUGAAUGAUAUAGGCGUACUCCGAAAAAUCCUCCGUCGGUGUUUUUACGAUGAGACAUCCUCCAUAUAUCUCGCAAGCAGGCCCACUAAGUACGCGUUUGUAAAACGGCGUGCGUUUGGUCGUCUCUUUUUCAACUGAAAUACUGCCCCCUUUUGAAAUUCCCUAACCAGCGACUAUGAUGAAAUAAGUUUUUUUUCACCCAAUUCUAGGAAGACUUAAUGACCUUGUAAUAACACCGAGUAUACAGUACUUAAGUAGAAUUCGCUUCAGGUACGGCCCUCUCCAAUGGAAAAUUAACGAUUCACCAGUUUAUGUCCCAUACUUAUCAACAUUGCAUUCCACCGAGACCGCUGACUUUUUUAUAGUUGGGCCAAAAUUAAUCAUUGAAAACAUCACAGAACACCUUUUAAAUGCAACUUCCGUCAUCAUCGUUUGAGGAUUUCGGCCAGCAUUUCAUGCCUCUUUUGAUUCGUGAUGCGUGUAGGUUUGCAUCCGACCAUCUGACCGCAAAUACUUGGGGAACAGCGUGCAUACCAUUGACGACGUGCUCACUAGCAAUGUGUGUGUGCGCAUCCCAUCAAACAUUGCCAACCUUCAAACCCCAUUGCGUUGUGUGCGGACCAACACCGCCUUUUCCGUUCAGGUUGGCCCUGCUUAAUGGCGAAAUCAAAUUACCCUGGCAAUAGGGCUGCCUUGACGUGUUGUUUUGCUGAUAGAGGUGUGCAUCCCGCCGCCGCCGCGAUUUUUCCCCACGGCUUGCCGUCGAUGAUGACUUAAGCCACCAUGUUGCAAGCCAAAUGCCCAGCGUAAAUUGAUAUUCAUCUGUGGGCCUACGUGUUCCUGCUGUAGCAUUUGGGGCCGGAGACGCCCCUUCCAAAAGGCAGUCUACUCCGCGUCCUUUCCUAUUAACCCCUUUUGAUCAUAAAUAGAUUCGACUUCAGUAUUCAUAUUGUCGACUACCUGCUAAACGCUUUCCCUGUUUAUGCAGGUGAACGAUUUGGAUCUCAUCUGCCGGGCCCACCAGCUCGUCAUGGAGGGUCGGAGGUGGCACUUUAACAAGACCGUCCUCACUGUCUGGUCAGCGCCAAACUACUGCUACCGUUGUGGCAACGUGGCCGCCAUAUUCAAAUUGGACGAGAACCUAACCCAGGACUUUGCCAUUUUUGAGGCAGCUCCCCAGGUCAGUUUCCUGACUCAAAUUAUUCGCUCACGCAAGUUUGGAAUGCCCAAGGCGAACAGCCUGCGGCGGCUGAGAUCUGCGUAUUUCGUUCUCUGUAAUAGGUUCCAGUCAUUUCCGCUAGGGAAUACUCCUACCAUAAUCUUAAUUUUGCGGAGAAGGCGACACGAUCGUUAGAACAAGUGCUUUAUUAGCCUGACGUUUCGGAUUCUCAUUCGAAUCCAUCAUCAGAGACAGAGUCAGAUAAGGGUAGUGGAUUGCCCAGGUGUUGCAACAUUUAUAGGAUGUAGUUGCUAGACCGUCACAUGCCUAUCACAGUUGGCAGCUCCCGGGGGCAUCACAGCUCGACCGGCCGACCCGUGAUUAUCUGGUGUGAAAGAACAAUCUAAAAUAUCCGCGCUUAAGGGAGGGGGGGGGUCUGUAUUAAAAAGCAGCUCUGUAGUUCAGGAGAAAUCUAUUGUAAAAGCAAGCCUCUUGGAACUUGGCACCCACACCGAAGAUGUAUCUUUCAGCAGUCAGUUGUCAUCUCCCGCUGCUUUACGUAUUCCUACUCAGCGUAUGAAUUCCAAAACUCAUAUUGACCCAACUGUGAAAAACUCGGCGCUUCGGUGGAAUUCGAACCCACGCAGUAAGGGGAAGGCUUUAGUACAGCCAACGCUCAAACCACUUGAGCUACGAGGCUCCGCCGGACGACGACAUUUGGGUCAAGUUACCCGCCCAACCUACUGCAACGUCUGGAAUCCACCAAAUCUGAUACAGUAAGUUGACUGCCUAAACAGGAUUUCCUAAGUAAUUCACCUAGAAUCUACCAGAUGACUACUAGGCUCACGUAAUUCUCAGAUGUUUUGGCAGAUUUUAAUUAAUUCAUAAUAUUCAUAAACUCGUGGCCUCGUAGCUCAAGUGGUUAGAGCGUUGGCUGUACUAAAGCCUUCCCCUUACUGCGUGGGUUCGAAUCCCACCGAGGCGCCAAGUUUUUCCCAGUUGGGUCAAUAUGAAGUAUUCAAAAUCUGCCAAAACAUCCAUGAAUUCCAAAACUAUUGGGCAGAGUGAUGGUAGCUGCGACCACAUACAGCCACCAUCACUGGUUACUUUCUUCAGUCGUGUACUCUAUAUUCCGGUCUAGGUGAGAUGACCGGCAGCCCCGAAGAACGUAGUUUGGCCAGCGUCACGCAUUAGGCUUCUUAUCUUGUUUACGAUGACCAUGAAAAUACUUAUGCAUAGUAAACUCUCCAAGAUUAUAUUAUUGAGUUUCGUACUGCCUUUUCAAUCAAUGAAGCUGGCAUUGGUCACUCACGCCCUCCCCCGCCGGUGAGAGGGUGGGCUGGAAUGUAAGCGACCUCCUGAUUAUCCCGGAUUGCUUGUCUGCACGUGUCGCUAACGCUGGCUUUUGUUCCUCAUUUUCAGGAUAACCAACACUUCCCGUCCCGUAAACCUAUCCCAGACUACUUCCUCUGA